ACCCCCGCCCGGCCCGCCGGCCCCCGCCCCGCCCCGCCCCGCCCCACCCCUGCCGCCCGGUGCUGACCCCCGCCGCCAGCCCACGCGAGGAGGGCCCAGGGCGGAGCCCGGGUGGGGACCCGAUGGAGGUGACAUCAUCUCCAGAUCCAGGCGCGUCCUGCCCACUCGUGUCCACCCUACACACGAGGCAGACGGGAGCCAGUGUCCUGCCUCUGCCUGAAGUGACCCUGGGCCUGGGGGUGGAGGGUCCCGCGUGCGAAGCCUGGGGUACCAGCACGGACUGCGGAGGGCAGCGGACGCCCCUGACAUCCCCAAGUGGCAGGCGGGCCCCUCAAGGGAGCCCGGCAGAGGCGCCCUCCCCAGGCACCGUCCCAUGCUGGCCCCGCCGCGCCGAUGCCAUGAGCAGCAACACCACGGUACCCAGCGCCCCCCAGGCCAGCAGCGACUCCAUGGUGGGCUACGUGUUGGGGCCCUUCUUCCUCAUCACCCUGGUCGGAGUGGUGGUGGCUGUGGUAAUGUACGUGCAGAAGAAAAAGCGGGUGGACCGCCUGCGCCACCACCUGCUUCCCAUGUACAGCUACGACCCGGCUGAGGAGCUGCAUGAGGCGGAACAGGAGCUUCUGUCCGAUGUGGGGGACCCCAAGGUGGUCCACGGCUGGCAGAGCGGCUACCAGCACAAGCGGAUACCACUGCUGGACGUCAGGACGUGAGCUGGCCCCUGGCCCUGAACUCGUGCUACCGGGGCCUGGUGUAUAGUACUCCUUAUAAAUAUUUUGUAAAUAAAAUGUUUUGUGGCUAGUA